CAGUUGAUUGGUAGGAAAAUAAAAAAGACAUACACGGUACUAAGUAAAAGGUGGAGUGAAUUUUUUUAUAGACAAAAAAGAGAGAAAAGAUUUCUUUUCACGGUUCAUAGGGUUGAAGGAGAAGAGUUUGAAAAUGAGAUCAUAAUUUGUCAUGCUAAAUAACGACUUUUUUCCCGCUCUUUUUAUCAAUUCUUUGAUCUCACAGUUUCGAAUUGAUUUUUUGACUUUUCCAUUCAAAGAUUGCAUAUUUGCUUGCCCCUUUAUCGCGCAUGUUUGCCUGCUCAAACAGGGAAGAAAUGAUCACAGCGGAAAAAAAAAAAAAAAAGAAGCAAAGCAAAACCCCCAAAAAGAAGGCACAAAAUUAGUGAAUCUAAUAAGUUUUGAUGGGAUUACAAACAAUUUGUGGAGCGUUAAUCAAAGGCAUGACCCACCAUCAAGGCCCCAUUGCUUUGGACAAUUGCAAUCUAUUGAUUUGCAAAAAUGCACUCCACCUGUUUGACGAAAAUGGCCAAAGAACUUCUUCACUUUUCCUCAACUGGGUCUCUAUCUCCGUCUCUGUCUCUUUACACUCUCUGUUUCCUGAACCCCACCAUCGUUUUUCCCCCUACUGACCUUCCACUUUGAUCUCCCUCGGUUCAUUUCCUCCAAAUGGACCGAAGCGACAUGCUGCAGCUCCAGCAACAGGUGUCUCUCGCCAAGUCUGUGCGCCACCGUUGCAACGAAUGGAUUUUUCGUGAUGUUCCUAGCGAUAUUACAAUAGAAGUGGCUGGAGUGACAUUCUCCUUACAUAAGUUCCCUCUUGUCUCCCGAAGUGGACGGAUUCGAAGGUUAGUUGCAGAACAUAGAGAUUCUGACAUCUCAAAGGUGGAGCUUCUCAACCUACCAGGAGGGGCUGAAUCUUUUGAGCUGGCAGCAAAAUUUUGUUAUGGGAUCAACUUCGAAAUUACUCCAGGAAAUGUUGCUCAGCUAUGUUGCGUAUCUGAUUAUCUUGAAAUGACUGAAGAGUUCGCAAAGGAUAAUCUUGGUUCGCGAGCUGAAGAAUAUCUUGAGAGCAUCGUCUCCAAGAACCUCGAAAUGUGUGUUGAAGUGUUGCAACAAUGCGAGAAUUUACUCCCUCUUGCCGAUGAGCUGAAAGUAGUUAGCCGCUGCAUUGAUGCAAUAGCAUCAAAGGCUUGUUCGGAGCAAAUUGCUUCAAGCUUCUCACGCCUGGAGUAUAGCAGUUCGGGGAGACUUCAUAUGAGCAAGCAGACCAAGUGUGAAAGUGACUGGUGGAUUGAAGAUAUCUCUGUUCUUCGUGUCGACUUAUAUGAAAGAGUCAUUACUGCCAUGAAAUGUCGAGGGGUUCGUCCUGAGAGCAUAGGUGUAUCCUUGGUGAAUUAUGCUCAAAGAGAGUUAACAAAGAAAUCCAGCUUAUGGAACCCAUCUGGCCAGACAAAAGUUGAUUUUGUUACGGGUUCAAAUGGGCAAGAACAAAUUGUUGUUGAGACAAUAGUCAGCCUUCUGCCAGUUGAAAAAUUGGCUGUUCCAAUCAAUUUCCUUUUCGGGCUUCUGAGGAGUGCUGUGAUGCUUGAUUGCUCUGUUGCUUGCCGACUCGACCUCGAGAGAAGGAUAGGAUCCCAGUUGGAUAUUGCUACCCUUGAUGACCUUCUGAUUCCAUCCUUCAAACAUUCAGCUGAUACUCUAUUUGAUGUUGACACAGUUCACAGAAUUUUGGUAAACUUCUCUCAACAGGAUGAUAGUGAGGAAGAUAUGGACGACACCUCUGUUUUUGAAUCGGAUAGUCCUCGUUCGCCAUCUCAAAGUGCAUUGUUUAAAGUAUCCAAACUACUGGACAACUACCUUGCUGAAAUUGCUCCUGAUGCAAACCUCAAACUUUCAAAGUUCGUGGUCAUUGCAGAUUCCUUACCUUCACAUGCACGAACCAUCCACGAUGGAUUAUAUCGAGCCAUCGAUAUCUAUCUUAAAGCUCAUCAAGGUCUACCAGAUAUCGACAAGAAGAAGCUUUGCAAACUAAUAGAUUUUCAGAAGCUCUCACCGGAGGCCGGUGCUCAUGCGGCUCAAAAUGAGCGCCUUCCUCUCCAAUGCAUGGUUCAAGUCCUUUAUUUUGAGCAACUAAGGCUACGUAAUGCAUUGUCGAAUUCUUGCGCUGAUGAAGACUACAAACCUUCGCACCAAUCGUGGAGGAUUAGCAGUGGUGCAUUGAGUGCAGCAAUGUCUCCACGAGACAAUUAUGCAUCACUAAGACGAGAAAAUCGCGAAUUAAAACUUGAACUGACUCGGCUACGGAUGAGACUGAAUGAUCUCGAAAAGGAACAUGUUUGUAUAAGGCGGGACAUGCAAAAGUCCAGUUCUCGUAAAUUCAUAAAUUCUUUUUCAAGGAAAUUUAGUAAAAUGAGUAUCUUUGGGCAUAGUUCUUCGAGGGGUUCGAGUUCGCCGUCAAAACAUUCACAGAGGACGGAUUCAAAAGUGAUUGAAAGAACAUGUACAAGUGCAGAAUAGUUCCAAUUUACAACACUCGAUGCAAUGCAGUCUCUUUUCUUUGUUAAGUAUAAUGCAAAGUUCUUUUUUAUUUAAUCUACUUGUAAUUUGUAAAUGAAUAGUAUUACCAAGAACUCAUCUUUGUCGAUGAUGUUUUUGGUAACUAAAUCUCAAUAGUAUUGAAUGUUACAGACCAA